UUUGCUUUUUUUUUUCUUAGUUUGUCUCACAUUUCUUUCUAUUUCAUUCCUGACUCGCCUUGUUCUUUCUCUUAUUACUCUUCCUUUUUUUGGACAUCACUCAUUAACUCUCCCAUUGGAUCUUCCCCUUUUUGUAUUCUUUCUUAGUUUUCCCGUGUUCAUCCAUUCACUCGAUUUGAUCCCUUGUUCUUCCCCCCUUCUUCCAUUCAGUGGAUUAUCAUUCUUCUUCCUUCUUUCUCUCCUUCUCUCAAUUGCACAUAUACGCCUUAUAACAUACUUGUACCGACAGAUUCACUCACUCCUGUCUUUCAAUACCACUUCCACAUUCCGAUCUGACUUCUGUAUUCUAACAUCAACGGCACGAUAGAAACAAAGGAUAACGAUACCGUCCUUUGAUCGAGGACCUAACAACAACAGCAAUAAUUAUAAUAAACAUAAUAAUUCGACUGCUUCAUCGUUAUACCUAAAUGACCUAUCAGAGCCAAUCAUACCUUCAGAAGCAGCAACAACAGCUGCAGCAUGAGAAGUUACAACAGCACUACCUACAGCAACAGUUGCAACAGUCCACAAUAACUACCCCUUCCUCAACCACACCACUCUCCACAUCUAGCUCCAUUCCAUUCUCCAGUAGAUUCGAUACCCUCCCCUUACAGACUACCAAUUCCUCGUCAGUAUCAACUUUUUUAGACUCCGAUACAUUGUAUUCUCAUUAUUCUAAUAACAAUGACAAUGGCAGUGGCAGUGGCAGUGGCAAUGGCAACAACAGUAUUUGGGGUGGAUCUAACAUAAGCAAUAAUUAUAAAGACAGUAAUAGCACUGGCAAUAGCAAUAGCAGUAGCAGUAGCAGACUACCCUUUAUGAAGAACCACAACAAUCACAACCACAAGUACUCCCAUCAUCAUCAUCAUCAUCAUCAUCAUCACAGCAACAAUAGUGGUAAUGGGCACAGCAGUAUGCCUAGUUUCAAACUUCACAGCAAACAUGGUAGCCAGGGUAAAGACGAUUUGCAGGUCCAACAACUCCAGCAGCAAAAGAAUAAAAGCUUUGACAGGCCAUCAAUUCAACAAACAAUCUCCUCGAUUCCUUCGAUGCUCCAACAAGACAAUGGUUCCCUCAUGAACCAAGACAAUGUCCUUGGAGAGCACGUUAUGCUACAAGACUGGUUACAGAAGAGGUCAAACUCAUUACAAUUGGUUUGGAAGAGACGAUGGUGUGUGUUACGUGAUGACCAGUUGUUUUAUUAUCGAUCCAAUACGGAUUCCAAACCGAUAGGGAUAAUACAUCUGGCAGUGUACUCGACCCUGACUUCAGGUCCUGACAUCUCCCGCAAGUCCAAAUACGCAUUUCGACUCUCAACUCCAGAACCUAUCCCACACCAGCCUCAGAGUCAUGUCUUUUACACAGAAUCAGCUCAGUCGCUUGAGAACUGGACCUAUGCGCUCCAAGCACACAUUGACCACGCUUUGGCCGCAUGGGAAUCUAUAGCUGCUGCUUCUGAAGAAUUAAGACUGCAGCUACGUCAAGGUUUUGAUAUUAGUAGUGGUGGCCUGCUACCAAAUAGAUCAUCAGAAAUGGAGACAGAACAAAAUAUCAUCGAUAAGGUCCUGGACCGAUUGCAGCUGGAGGAUUCUGCUAACACAGGCACCCCAAGUACUUCUAGUACUUCCAACACUGAUAGCAAUAUAGCAACACCAACAGCAACAGUUGAGCAGUCAGAUGGUUUGAAUAAUGGUUCUACCACACCCAUUAACACCAUGCCACCGUCUCAACAACAGUCCUCAAGGACUUCAUAUUCCAAUCCCCCACACCUAUCUAGUUUCCCUCAAUCGAAUGAGAGCAACGACACAUGGUCCUCGACUUCCUCCAUCCCCAAUAGCAGUGCCAACACAAGCUCAAAUCUGGAGUAUGUAUCUACAUCGAAUCAACAUCACUCAAACAACCAUCAACUGGGCAGGACAAGUUUAGAUUCACUACAACAACACCAACAGCAGCAGAGCCCUUGCCUCCAACAAAGCCCAAAAGGAACUAAAGCUAGUAGCGUCAAAUCGUUUAGUCGACAGUCGGAUCAUACAAGAAGUUGCAGCAGCAGUAGUAGCGCGGGAUGCACACCCGAGCUCAACUUUGGUGACUUGUCAGAGAUGAACCGAUCAUCGUUGGAUUACCAAGGGCAGGGACGAACAAGUUUAUCACAGACUCGCACAGGUCAUCAUUCUGCAUCCUCAUCCUUGAGCAGUCUUAUUAACCAGCACCUACAGAGUCCACGAGUGUAUCCUGUCCGGUCAAGCAUCCAUUCUAGCGUCUCUAUAGACAACAGCGCACCUUCUGCAGUGGUCAGUGCAGCCGGUUCCCCUUAUGCCUCACCAAUUCUGACAUUUCAGCCCUAUAACAUAUUCAGUGGCAGCAACCAUAGUGCUCCCUCUCCUAGACCGUUCUACAAACUUCUCGGGAAUAGUUCUCCUUCGAAGGGGUCUGAAAGUUUUGAAUCAUCUACUUCUAUUUCCACCAUUGGCUCAGCGCUGGAUAUAUCGCCAACUGAUGACCCGACGUUGGAGAGCGAGCUCAACACAACAACUGCGGCUGACCCUGUUCAAGGGGAUAGGUCCAUAAAUAACACCAGUAAGCCUGGUGCAAAAUUUUUAGAGUUAGUGAAUGGAGGUAGGCGCCGAAAGGACAAGGAGAGGGAAAAGAAGAAGGAUCGAAAGGCGUACAGCGGAAGUGGCGGCAACAGAAGCAGUCCAGCUCUCAAAUUAUUCGGUUCGGGAUUGUGUAUGUUCAGUGGAUGUACACAGCCGGCGAAGACAUGUCCAUUUCACAAUAAAAAGUAUCGUUUGGAUCAAGUUAAAAAACCCAAUGAUCAGGAUAAGGAAAUGGAAAAGCGAAAAAGUAAGGACAAGGAAAGGGAUAAUGGCCCGGAACAAGAUUUUGAAGCGAACAGUAGAUCAAUCAGAGCUCCUAAAAAGUUCUGGAAUGGAUCAGACAAGAGCUCUAGCUAUGGAAAUGUCCCUGCUUUCAGAGGCCCAUUGUUCAGUGGCGAUGCACUGUCCCCACCUUCUCGACCAGGAAGUCGAGGACUCUCUUCCAAGUCCAUGACUUCCUUGUCAAGAGAUGCAGAGCUUGACUUGGAUGUCAACCUGGCAUCAAUCCCGCCCAACCGUCUCCCCAUACUUCUCUCACUUCACGAUAGGAAAAGAUCCCCAUCGGUGUCGGUUGUAGAUGACGCUUUAGCAGCUACACAGCAGCAACAACAGCAACAGCAACAGCAACAGCAGAGACAGGCACGUAAUUCUGAACCAAAUGUAGAACCAUCAGCUAUUAUCAAAACCACUCAAACACAAACACCACUUACAUCUACCGCAGAUUCUUCCCAGCCGCUUGCUCCACCUCUACUGCGCGCCACUUCUGCAGCUUCGAGCCAUCAUUCUCAAGGCAAGGACUCUUUGAGCCUAAGCCAUAAGAUGGGUUUACAAAUUGGAGGUGAUUUUGGAGCGCUGGAUAAGAAUGGAUCGGCGGGAGCAACCCUUGAUGGCAAUUUUUUUGUAGCCAAUCAUCAUCGUACUAUGCAGAAGUUACAGGCUAUGCAACCCCCCCGGAAGGCUCUACCUCCUCCUUCUUCUUCAGGAAAAGCUCCGCCUCAGUCUCAGCAGCCUCAUUCACCGCCACAAUUAUAUGCUAGCUCUGAAAAACAGAGACAGCAAGAUGCUCUACAAAGCAUGUAUAUUGGAGGCAUUUCCCGUCAUAUCAUUGCGCCUAAUGAGCUUACACAAGCGAUUGAACAAGAAGCAGAGGAGUUGCGACGAAAACAAGCCCAAGAAAAGGAGGCCCAAAAGAAUCGCCCUACGUCUAUAAUCAAGAAACCAAAUCAGCUCUCACCAUUGCAUCUAGCUCUCUCAACCGUAUCAGAAUCAGAAUCUACAGAUGCAGGAUCAUGCACGACCUCGACUGCGGAUACUAGCCAGGUCACAUCACCUAUAGAAGAAGGACAGAGCAGAGAAGCUGAAGAGGGUGAGCGCAUUAUCAGUUGUCAGGAGCAGCUGGCCUGCGGUGCCACAUCACCUUCGGAGAUCUCAUCGAUUUUGCAGUCUCAGCAGAGCCCUAUCUCGGCGGUUAUCCCGGCUCCACCUUCAUAUUCACUUGGAAAACCUCUAUCAGAUUCGGUUACUGUGGAGCAGUUUCAUCGUGACUCUAGUGCAACUAGUGCUGGAAGCGAUACUAGCAGCAAUGUGACUAAUACGACCAGAGGUCCAUAUUCGAACUCAAAUUCAAUAACCUCAUCGCCUUCAUGGGCCAGAAAUCAGUUCUUAGGGGCUCCCAGCUCGUUCUCUCAACCAUAUUAUCAGCAGCAGCAGCAAUCAAAGCACACUGCAUCAUCGCCAACACUCUUUUCUAUGGAUAGUUUUUUGACCACCUCCUUGCCACCACCCAAGCGCCACGGAAACAAGCAUUCACAAAGAUUUCAUGGACUUAAUGCCAAUUCGAAUGGGCGAUUCAACUCACAGCGAUCAAAACUUCCAAGGCGUAGCUCGGCCUCUGCAGCUAUUACGAUUUCACCAUCAUUGUCUCCAGCAAAAGAGGAUGAAUCAGCUAAUCCUUUCGAUGUUGCUACCACUACUGCUUUUACUCCAGCUAUGGUAACGAGACCAAGCUAUCUUGCAAGGAGGCAAUCAUCAUCGCCUGUAUUGAUCCGGUUGAAUGUACAAGGAGGUCAAAACACUAUUUCACCUUUGAUUGACAGUGGCGCCACGCCAACGUUUACGGGAGACCAGCCUUCGAAUGAUGUCAGUCGUCCAGGCUUAUCCCCUCUUGCCUCACCCUCAGGAUCCUCCUUUUCAACGUCAACAGUCUCUUCGUUGUGCUCGUUUGUGGCUUCGCGCCGCGACAGCUAUCCUCAUGGAGCUGAGGAUGUACAUCUACUCUCGGUCCCAAACACCCCUCUGGUGUCUCCGUCGUCGGAGGUACCUCGUUAUACGCCUCGGAACAUGACAUUUAAAUCUAUCUCAUCGCCUUUGGCCGCUUCCACUCCUGUUGAUGGUACACCGUUACAUUCUCCCAUAGAAUCCACAGUCACUGCUGGUGUCCUCCAAGCGGAAUUCCUUGCUACAGCUGCCACUGCCGAUAUCGCUAUGAAUGCCCAACAAGGCCUGCAACACGAGCAAAAAGUUAGUGAAGUCCCAUCUGUGGUAGUAAAUAGCCCACAAGGCGUUGUUAAGAUCAAGAACAUGGGCCCUAAAAGACCCAUACUACAAUCUACACAGUCGUUUGUUUUUCCAGCGCCCUCCACAAAGGCGAAUGGUAUUGAAUCAAAGACUCAUGAAGGAACUGAUGCACAUUCUAAGCGCAGGUCAUCGGUUUGUUCCUGUGUAGAUGGUGACAACCACUCGUAUAGUGCUUCCUCAUCUGAUGCGUCCUCAUUUACGCACAGCGAUGAUGAUGAUGAAGAAGAAGAAGGCCAGGAUGAUAAUAACCAACCACAGUACCAUCACCGCCACCAUCAUGGAUCUUACCAUCCUUAUCGUCGUAGAUUGAGCGGACAACAGCAUGGCGUUUCUGAACGUAUGCUCUCUGGAUCGCCACCUGUCAUGAAUUCUGCAUUGCAUGCUGUAGCGGCAUUAGAUCUUUAUCCUGGUUUGCGCAAGCUUUCACUCUUUACGGCUGCAUUAGGAGAUCAUCCGCCGCCUCCCUUGAUCAGCUCGCGUAAAGGAAGUGCGGGAUCUGCAAUGACAAUAAGCACAGAAGAUGAAGAUGCUGAAAGCGUAACAGACCUUCAUCAUGAUGAGGAUUGGGCAGGUAAUUUGAAGAGUAUUCGAAAGUUAAGGGAGCCUUCAUCUUCUAUCAGUGCUGGUGCUGGCGCUUCAAGCGGAUCUUCCGCUGCUGCAUUUUUGUAUCACCGCCGGACCAGCCUUCCAGGAACACCUUCGCCAUUGCAGUUCCAAUCUAAGAUGGAUGACGCUGUGGAUGUAUCAAUAGCAGCAGCACCACCAGUGCCUCCAAUGCCAUCAAUGUCGACAACGGUACGGGCACCUCAGAUCCAAAUGGAUACGGUGCAAACGGUAACACAAACACAGGCACAAGCACAAAACCAACUAGGGCUGACAUCGACACCGUUGGCAUCGUUACCGCCGUUGCCACCAUCAGAGCCAUCCACCCCAGUUUCGCCAGUGUUUGCUCAACAAACACCUCCACUAUCGACAUCAACAACAUCUUUAUCCUCACUAGGAUUAGGACUUGGACUCGGACUCGAAUCUUCGCCUUUACCGGCGUCUUCAUCCACGAAUAAAUCGUCUGGUGCAGAUGGAAGUACACCGCCCGUCAUUCCUCGAAGAUCUCCCUAUAGAAGCGCACCUACAUCGCCGACAACAUUGAGAUCGCCGCGUUCUCACCAGCAACUCUCUACGAUCGCUCGAGAUCUCAUGUAGCUAAAGCUUUUUUUUAUUAGUUAUAUAUUGCAU